GAAUAUCUUAAAAAAGAAAAAACUAGUAAAAAUAGCGCCAAUGCUAAAGCAAGCGGGAGUUUGAAGUGUCUGAAGUAUCUGAAUUUUUUAUGCGUAAAGUAUUUUAUUCACUUCUUUUAGAAAUUCUGUAUCAUCAUUUGUUAUCUCACCCCUACCUACACUGUGAGAAUAAAUUCAGAAAGUAUUUAUAACUUGGCUGUAAAAGACUUAAUUUGAAGUGGCUAAUUACGUUGUGAAAGAUUAUUAACUUAAAAUGGCUUUUUACACGUCAUAUAAACAAGGACAAAUGGAAACAGGAUUGCGUCCUAAAGAAAGGGCUCCUUUGUCGCUUAUAAAUGGAAACCAAAAAUUGCCGCGUGCGAAAGAUGAACUCGAAACAAAUCAGUAUUUCAGUACAUAUGAACCUAGUGUCUUAAAAGCGAACCCGGUGCAAUCAUUUUCAAUUUUCUCUGACAAUGAUGAAAGCUAUAAUGUGAAAGUGAAGGAAGAAAAGCAGCCGGAAAAGCCAGCUUUCCGUCUGUUUAACGAAGAUAAUAAUGAAAACUUGGAUAUUGAAAAUUUUCCACCUCCUCCGCCUCCACUGUUUGAAGGCAGUCUAGAAAACGAAGCCAUAGACUACCUGUGUCACGAUUCUCCCUACAAAGACGACAAUUUUAUGCACCUAAGAAGAAUUGAGCAGAAAUACAAACCAAAUUCAAAGUACAUGAGUCUACAAAUGGAUAUAAACUCAAACAUGCGAGCCAUCUUGGUUGACUGGCUUGUAGAUGUUGGCAUACAGUUUGAAUUUUCCAGUGAAGCUGUACAUCUUGCUGUCUCGUUAACUGAUAGAUUUUUGUCCUGUACAACUGUUACCAAAGGUAAACUUCAACUAGUUGGAAUCGCUUGUUUAUUUAUCACAGCCAAAUAUGAAGAAGUUAAUGCACAGGAAUUGAAAAUGUAUGCCUGGAUUACGGAUAACACUUACACCAAGAAACACAUACUACGUAUGGAGCAGAUAAUCAUGGAUAGGUUACAUUUCUAUGUAGGGGGUCCAACGGCACUUUCCUUUAUGAGUUUGGUAUAUAGUUUGACAAGAUCUCCAAAAAAGCUACUCUACCUUGGUCAAUAUUUGUGUGAGCUUGCUCUUCUAGAUAACGAACCAUUCCUUUCCUUUUUACCGAGCCUCCUCGGUGUUGCGGCUUAUUGUCUCGCUCGAUAUAUUUUGGGCUACAUCAUGUGGAUCGACGAGCUCAACAUGACGGGGUAUACGCUCGAUGAUUUGAAGCCAGCUAUUAAUAGUUUGUUUAACAAAGCGCGUGAUGUGGCAGGAAAAUCAGCAGGAAGCAUAUCUGAAAAAUACAGCCACCCAAACUUUUUGAGAGUUGCUGAGAUUGAGCUACCAGAAAUUUUAAUAAUCUGUAACUAAAGCUAUGUGUUCAGAACUGUUAAAUCUCACUUGGAUUUGACUGAUUUAUUUAGUCAUUCAUUAUUUAAGUGUACUAUUGAAAUAACUAAAUUGCUGUUAUCAAGCGUCUUGGCCUUCACUUGAAUAAGACAGCUUAGCAGGCAUGGAGCUUCUUGGUUUUUUAAUUACUUGUUGCUAAUACAAUGUGUUUUUCAAGACUCAACAUGGGACAAAAAUAACAUAGAAGAAGCAGUAAUUAUUUAGUCUAAUUUAACAGGUAUUAAGUGGGCUACAGAAAUAAAAGCCGUUUCGAGACAGAUGGUGGUUUAACAAUGUACUCUAUUUGGUAAGAAUGUGGCAGCAUUAGAUAGUAAAUUUCUAGAAAUAUUUCCUGUAGCUAAAAUUCACAUGUUUUCACACAGAAGUAAAUAUAUUCAUCUGUAACUUAUUCGGGAGCAAUUUCUGUUUUGAUUGCAAUUUAUUCCGCUAUGCCGACAGAAUGGACAAAUUAAUUCACUAAAUAAGUAUUAUCGUCUUGUAUUCUUUUGAAAAGAAUAAAACUAACAUUGCAGCUAAAGGUUUUCGCUAAGGUUAGUUGUAUUCAACUGGAACAGUAAUGGCUUAAUUAGAUUCGCAAUUUAGUAUUGUUCAAUUCUGACCUAUUUAGUGGUAAUAUGCUCAAUUCAAACAAACUGCAAUUAUUAGCUUCAGUGUGAAAAUAGUCUUGUCAUGUUCAUUUUCAACGAAAAUGAUUAGUUAAUGCUAAAUAAAUUCUCAUGCAGUGUAUAAUAUGUUGACAUAAUUCAUUUGAAUUUUUCUGACCUGUGAAUAUGGGUUUUAAAGACUGGAGGGAGAAAAAACUGGUGAUUAAUAGAAGAUAGCAACAAGCUCAUUUUAAGCAAAUACUUAAUGUGUUUAAAUCAAUCACUCUUUCACGGUUUUUGUCUAGAUAACCAAAUUGAUAAUUAAGUAGACUGUACUGUUUAAUUGAUCUAAAAUCAGUUUUUGUAUAUAGCAGGUUGAAAGUACGAAAAGAAAGAAAAUGUUUUAUAUGUUUGUAAAUAUUAACAAAUGUUGAAUCUCAACUGUAUGCGAGUCAACUCAUAGUUUUAUAGUGUGGUAUUUGCUUUUGUUUCUAAAUAUGUUAAUAUCAAGGGAUUUGUAUUUGCUACAGAGCUUAAAUUUUAUUAGCGAAGUAUUUAAGUGAAAUUAGUUUCACAAAUCUUAUUGUUCUUGCUUUGGUUAUGAACUGCUGAUUAUUUUAACAAUUUGUAAUAUUUUAGGCUAGUGAGAUAUUAGGUUGAAAGGCAAAAUUUUGUAUAUAAAAGGAUAAGGUUAUUGUGGAAGUAAAUUAAAUUCAAAAUUAUAGUCUCGCUUGUAUGUAGGCUGAAAAUGAUUGCUAUUAUUUUGUAUGCAGCAAAAGUCUUUAAUACCACCUCUUGCAUGUUUAUCAAGUACCAAUGUUGUAAUGUAGGUGGCUUAAUUUUUAUUUUAUUGUUAAUAAUUAGCUUAUCACAUUUUCUUUCAAUAAAUUUUUUCAUAAUUUUCGACAAUAUUAGAUCUUUUGUAAAUCAGUUAAGUUUGAAUUGUUUUUCUUUGAAAUAUUUUUUUAAAAUGAUAGUUUGACAAGAAGAUAUAUAUCUCGCAUAUCAUUUCUAUGAAAACUAAAAAGAAUUUUAGGGAAAUUUCAGAAUAUUUUUUGUGUAUGCAUUUUGAAGAUUGUAAAAUACUGCAAAAGAAAUGUCUACUGAAUAUUUGUAAUGGCAAUUUCUUUUUUAAAAUCAGUUAUGGGAUCAUAAAGACAGAUUUUAAAAUUGAUUUAAUAAAUUAUUUUAGUUUUUGUAUCUUUUAAGUUGAUGGAAAUCAAAUGUACAUUGUAAAUUUUGGCUUAUUUUAAAUAAUAAAGUUUGUGAAAUUAUA